GCUGCUCGUUUGCACACUCUAAAAAAUAACGGCUUAUAACUAAUGCAAACUACGCGUAGCACGCAAAGUAGUUAACUCACAUCCUAGUCAUACCCACUGAGUGUUAGUCGAAAGUGUAUCUCCAUUAUCUUAACAAUCGCGUGUGUGAUAAACGAUUUAUGUUCUGUUGCUGCAAGCAGCAGUAGCUUUAUCAAAUAAUUUUAUUUCCCAGCUGACAAUGCACGACAACGAUAAUAAGAAUGGCACAAUUGUAUAUCCGACAAGUGCCAAGGCUAAAUUGGAUACCAACGAUGAUUACGAUCCGCAUAUGCAUCGCAAUGUGAAGAAUCCAACCAACAACUGGCAGACCUUUGCGCAUUUCCUGAAGGCUUCCAUAGGCACUGGAGUGCUGGCCAUGCCCAGCGCCUUUGCGCAUGCGGGUUACAUUAAUGGCGUCAUUCUUACGAUACUUAUAGGCUCUUUGGCUUUGUAUUGUUUGCAUAUAUUGAUAAACUCGAUGUAUGAGCUUUGCAAGCGUGAGCGUGUGCCCUACGUAAGCUUUUCGGAUGCCAUGAAGUUGGGCUUACAACAAGGUCCGCCCGCAUUACGUUGUCUAGUGCCUAUUGCUACUCCCUUUGUUGACGGUUUCCUGGCCUUCUAUCACUUUGGCAUUUGCUGCGUCUAUGUUGUCUUCAUAGCGGAGAGCAUCAAACAGCUUGUGGAUGAGCAUUUGGUCGUCUGGGACGCACGCAUACAUAUGUGUCUGCUGAUAGUGCCACUGCUGCUAAUCUACAGCAUACGCAACUUGAAAGUGUUAGCGCCAUUUUCGAGCGGCGCCAACUUGUUGCUAUUUGUAGGCUUCGGCAUGGUUUUGUAUUAUAUAUUUGAUGAUUUGCCGCCGCUAAGUGAGCGCGAGCCUUUUGUUGAAGUAAGCAAGCUGCCAACGUUCUUUGGCACAGUGUUGUUUGCCUUGGAGGCGGUGGGCGUGAUUUUGGCUAUAGAGGAAAAUAUGGCUACGCCGCGCGCCUAUGUCCAGCCCUGCGGCAUUAUGAACUGGGGCAUGUCCAUUGUCUUGUUCUUAUAUGUGCUGCUGGGCUUCUUUGGCUACUGGAAAUAUGGCCCAGAGGCGCUUGGCAGCGUGACAUUGAAUAUACCUCAAGAGAAAAUUAUGGCUCAGGUGGUUAAGAUAUUCUUUGCCAUUACUACAUAUAUAUCAUAUGCGCUGCAGGGCUAUGUCACAGCAAAUAUUGUGUGGGGCAAAUAUCUGAGCAAACGCAUUAAAGAUACAUCCAAGCAUACGCUAUUCGAGCUGCUCUUUCGUGCCUGCAUUGUGCUGUUGACUUUUGCCUGCGCCGUUGCCAUACCAGACUUGUCCGUGUUCCUAUCGCUUGUGGGCAGCUUUUGCUUAUCCAUAUUGGGUCUUAUUUUUCCAGCUCUGCUGCAAAUCUGUGUGCAAUAUGAAACUGGCUAUGGACGCUUUAAUUUUAGACUCUGGUGCAAUUUGUUGCUAUUGCUGUUUGGCUUCUUUGGCGGCAUUGUGGGCACCUAUGUGAGCAUUGUGGAUAUUAUUAACGCCUUUAGCAAUUAACUUUAACGUUUAGUCAAUAAAACUGUAGAUUAGUCAAGUUUCAAACCAGCAGCAACAGCAAA